AUGUCACCUCCGGCGGAAGGAGUCGUGCUGCAGCUGACUACAGUGAGGAGGCUCCUUUCUGAAAAGCUGGCUCCGGUUAACGCUCGUGAUGAAGAUCAAUACACUCCUCUCCAUCGAGCUUCCUACAGCGGGCACUUGGACAUGGCCCAGGAGCUGGUUGCCCAUGGGGCAGAUAUUCACGCCCAGACAGUGGAUGGCUGGACACCCCUGCACAGUGCAUGCAAGUGGAACAAUACAGAAGUGGCUGCGUUCUUACUUCAACAGGGUGCAGACAUCAACGCUCAGACAAAUGGUCUAUUGACGCCUUUACAUAUUGCUGCAGGGAACAAAAACAGUAGGGAAACCCUCGAACUUCUGCUGAUGAAUCGCUACAUAAAAGCAGACCUGAAAAAUAACUUGGAUGAAACUGCCCUUGACAUUGCUAGGAGGACUGACAUAUACCACUACCUUUUUGAAAUAGUAGAGGACUGCAUUAAUGCCGUGUCCCCUUAAAAGCUGUGGUUAAGCCUGUGAAUGUGAGUUUUACUGCCUCUCGUUUGUCACACAGCAUCUGUGUUGUCAUUUAAGGUGCUGAAACAUCCUUGUCAGUCGAAAUCUCACCUUUAGCAAUUCAACUCAGUGGUUUCCCUCAUACCUUGAAGUGCUGUUACUGUUAUCAGGGUAUACACAAAGUGAAUGAUUUCAGUGAGCGUGUGCUUAGUAAGUGCAUAUUUGGAGGGACGUUUGGUCUGUGAAUGUUUAUCCAUGUCAAAGCAGGAGGGAAAACUGGACUAUGUGUGUGAUGUGAAAGAAUUCAGGUUAUGGUUAUGCAGAGUUUAUUACAGCUCACUAGAAGAUUAUUUUUUGAGGACCUUUUUUUAAGCUGCUUGUGGAAUGAAUGUAACUUAACCUUGGGUGACUUACAAAAUGCUCGGUGAUCUGGUGUAAGGCCUGUCAUAAAAUAAAACAUUUAGGGUCAAGUGUUUUAA